AUGUCGUCGCUCUCUAGCAAGCAGCCCCGUCUGAAACAUCUUGCAAAGCUCCGCGUCAAGAGUACUGCCGCAAAGACUGCCGGUGGUCCCUGCAGCGUUGCUCUCACCAACUUGCUUUCGUGCUGGGCCAGUAACGGCCACGAUGCCCCUACCUGUGCCAACUUUGCUCAAGAGCUCAAGAUUUGCAUGGCUACUAGACCCACGGUCAAGGCUGGAAAGUCUUCCAUCAACUAUCAUGCUGCUAGACUGAAAGACAAGGUCUCCCCUCCUCCAUACGACUGA